GUUUGUCGUGCAACUACAUGUUGUCAUAACGACAGCAAAGAUGGCAGCGAUGGCAGCUGGAGAAGAGCAUGCUUCCUCUGAGGUUUUGAGAGGACUCGCUCGACAUUUAAAUUGUCUAAACGAAGACAACAAGGCGACAAGAAAGAGGGCUCUGGAGAUAAUAAAGAGGGAGACUGUUGAUAAAGGACUUUCCAGUGACGUCUUGCAGGAGGUUUUCUCUGCCCUCCUCAAGCCUCUCCUCAAAUGUCUGUCAGACCCGAUGGAAAGAUGCAGAGAAACUGCAAUAACUACGUUAAGUGAGUUUAUUCGCUGUGUACCCAAACCGGAGGAGUCACUUCCUUAUGUAAUGCCCUGUCUAGCUCAGAGGCUCGGAGAGAAAGACAUCCUGGAGCCCGCCGAGGAGCUCCGUCUGUCGGCCAUGGAGAUGCUGACUCUGACGCUGGAGGUGUGCGGGAAGCAUUUAGCGCCAUAUCUGAACGAAAUGAUCAACAUCCUGCAGAGGACCAUCGUAGACCCCUUCCCUGAUGUCAAAAGACAAAGCUGCAAGUGUACCCUGAGCCUCGCAAAGUCUGUGCCAGAGCACUUUCACCUCCAGGCUGAGAGUCUGGUUAAUCCUCUGAUGCAGACGAUUGCUCAUCAACACUCCAGGGUACGGGUGUCUGUCAUCGAAGCCACUGGGGUUGUCAUUCAGCAUGGCACUGUGAAAAACAUGGAUGACGUGCUCUCUCACCUGGCACAGAGACUAUUCGACGACUCGCCACAGGUGAGAAAAGCAGUGACUGUAGUUGUAGGUGAAUGGCUACUUCACAUGAGAGACAGAUACUCUUAUUUCCACAAACUCAUCCCGCUCCUGCUGAGCAGCAUCACUGAUGAGAUCCCAGAAAUAAGACUUCUUGCAGCUGAUUUAUGGAAGCAGGUUGGCACCCAAUGGGAGAAGGAGAAUGAGGAAGACAUAAAGGACAAAAUGGACUUUCUCCUUAUGCCACCUCCCUUCUACCCACCAGGAGUUGAGCGUCCAGGGCUGGGCUGCAGAGAACUGGUGGUGAGAAACCUGGGGAGGCUGGUGCCUGCCAUUACCCAUGAUGUAACCGACUGGCUGGUGCCCACACGGGUCAGGACCUCUCAGCUGCUCACUGUGCUGUUGCUGCAUGCUGAAGACCACAGCACUCAACAUCUGCAGCCUCUCCUCGCCACCCUCUAUGUGGCCUGCACUGACACAGAGAGGGACGUAAUUACCAACUGCCUGGCUGCUGCUAAGCUCUUGGGGACCUUUGUCCCUCCUGACGUCUUCCUCAAGCUGCUGCUGGAUCAUGUGACAACCCCCUCCUCUUCCUCUCACCCCUGGGCCCAUCUCACAGUGCUGGCUUCUAUGCUUGGAGGCUGCCCCAGACCUCUCCUUAAACCGCAUCUCGAAAAGAUCGCCAACACUAUGGCCCAGCCAGACGUCUGCCAGGAAUAUCAACAGGUCAUGUACUUGGAGCAGUUGUUGGAGAGUGUGGAUGUGCUUCUCUGUCAGUGUGAGUCAGACUGUGGCUCAGUCAGCCUGCAGCUGCUGCAGGUGCUGGUCACUGUCCAGAGCCUCUCUACCGAUCCACCUCUCAGUGAAAAGGCCGUGGAGAGUGUACACUUGUUGCGUAAGGUGCAGGGCCUGGAGUCGGUGAUGGAGCUCUAUAGACAACAUAUGGGCCAGCUGCUGGACUGGCUGUCUGCCUCAGUCAACGCCUGGUCCAGUUACUCCCCGCAGAGACUUCAACUGCAUGUCAUAGUCACACAAUCAGGUCCAGUGAUCGGGGAGUUUCUGAGCCAGCUGAUGCCUCUGCUCCGUAGCUGCCUCCAACCAGACAGAGACACAGAGAUGAGGAUGAGCGUCUUCAUGAUGCUCGCUAAGCUGCUACUGAAUGCAGCCAACACAUUGGAUUCCCAAGGGCAUUUUCGUGAUGAGUCAGAGAGGUUCCUGUGUGACAUCUUGCUUCCUAACUUGGUAUGGCAAGCAGGCCGGACUGCAGCUGCCGUCCGCACCUCUGCCCUCAGCUGCCUGCUGGCACUGCUGCACGGAGGAGCCAUCACACCUGGACAGCUGCUGUGUGUGGAGGAGAAGCUGCUUCCCUUGGUGUUGUCUGCUCUGGAUGAAGACUCUCAGAUGGGCAGACUUUAUGCUUGUCGUUCUCUGUCCGCUAUAAUCAAGCUCACAGGGACCAGUCUGCACCCUGAGGCCCUAAACAAGAUCUACCCCGAGCUGCUGAAGCAUCUGGAUGACAGCAGCGAGGAGGUGCGCAGCGUCUCUCUUCAGGCCCUCGGGUUGUGGCUGUCCAGCCUGACCAAAGACUAUAACCCUGAGUUCUAUACUGCUCAUCUGCAGCUCCUCUUCCAGCAGCUCCUCUUGCACCUGGAUGACUCUGACAGCUCAGUGCAGGACCACGUACUUGAGAUCCUGAAAAAGGGAAGCUCAGUCCAUCCAGCGCUCCUGAAAAAGGAGUUGGAGACAGUAAGGGACAAACAGCGGAGUCCUGUGUACUGUGACCAGCUGCUUCAGCACAUCAGCUCACUGCAAAAAGAGACUUCAGCAGAAUGAGAUGAAACACCCCCAAAAAAACAAAGAGGAAAUGAACAGUGUGCCUUAAAAGUCUCUCACGUUAAUCUGUUCAAUAUGCACAGAAGAGUAAUAAUAAGAUUCUGUAUUUAAAAAAUGUUGCUCUUAAAAUGAAACUUAGUCUUUAUUUCAGAGAUGUUUUGACCGAUUUUAAUUCGUAUGAAAACUUUUAAUCUGCAUUUUAAUGCUAAAUCUCUUCUUCACUAUUUUCUGAAUUUACCUAUGUUGCAUUCCUUUGGUUCAAAUGUUUGGUUUGUAAAGACAUUUAUUUUUUAAGUGCUUUGGUUGUGUUCAAUGUUUGACUGCUAUACAGAUAAGAUAUUUUUGCUUGUACCUGUAUCCAGAUCUUCAGAGCCUUUGCUUCCAGAUGCUGGUGAGUCUGGGAAAAGCUCCGGAUCAUAUGAUUUGCCUUCAAAAUAAAAGCUUUUUAUAUUUCACA